ACCAGUCAGCAGCGGUUCUCAGCACCCCAGCCUCAGCUGAAACCUCACCUCGGUGGUGAAGCUGUGGAUCUCCCUCGGGCUGUGUGGCGCCUGGCACGGCGGGGGCACGUCUCUCCUGCUCCGGUACCGACGCGGAGAGUUUGGUCAAUGGGAAUCACCAGGCGGCUUCAUCCCAGUCUCCCUCGGCUGCUGGAGUCCAGUCAGAGCACAGUGCCAUCGUCAGCUCCAUUGAGAAGGACCUCCAGGAGAUCAUGGAUUCCUUAGUCCUGGAUGACCCUGAGCCCUCCUCCUCUGAGGGGAAAAAGCCCCCUGGAGGUCACGCCGUGCGCCACUCCCCCUUGUCUCCCAUGGUGAAUGGAGGGGGGAGGUAUUUGUUGUCGCCUCCCACCAGUCCAGGCGCCAUGUCUGUGGGGUCCAGCUAUGAGAAUACCUCCCCGCCUUUCUCCCCCCUUUCCUCCCCCUCGGCUGCCAGCAGUGGGAGCUUUACCAGCCCGUCUCCUGGUGGAGGACUCCAGGACCAGGGAACUUCUCUGCCACCUGUGCCUAUACGCUCUUCUAGCUACAACUUCAGCACCCAGCCUCCCCCCGUACCCCUGCCAAGGACCGUACUACCUAACUUCAGCAGCGCUGGGGGGAGCCAGAAGCUCCAGGAAAGCCCCAGGCUGCCGAGGAAAGUCUUAACGGAGACUCCUCCGAGUCCCAAGCCGAGCCGCAGGGGACUCGGUCAGGACGGCUCUGAGAGCCCCCGCCAGACGCCUCUGGUUUCUUCUAGCGAAUCUCUCAGCGGUAAACACAUCGUGCCAAGUAGCCCCAGAGUGACUCCCAAAUUCGCGGGCUGUUCAUCCCCGUCGCCUUCUAGUCCCCGGACCAAGAGCAUCACGGUGCUGCAGGAAAGGCCUGCCAGUCCUUACAGAGAGCAAACCAUCUGUGCUGAUCGCUCCCUGUCUACCAGCCCCUCCAGGCAGAUUUCUCCUCCCAGUAAGGCUUUCCAGCCUCCUUUAGAUCCCAUUGUUCAUGUUAUCCAAGGAUCCCAUCUCCAGCAGCAUCCACGGCCUAUGCAGCCCCCUGAAAGCCCCCGGUUGGCCCGGAGGAACUUAGAAUUGAACGGGGGGAGCGCAGGGAUCAACAGCAUGAGAGAGCUGCCUCCUCUGAGUCCUUCGUUAGCUCGGAGAGGGGUCCCAGUUCUCCCAGGAGCGCUGCCAGGAACCAUUGCUACGCUGCGGACUCCAGAGAGCCCCUCUUUCUUAGGCAGGCUGGUCCCAGAGAGUCCCAGGCAGCGCCGGAAAACCGGAUCCGCGUCCGAGGAGAGCAGAGGGAUCCGGGCUCGCAGUCCUUCCCCUACCUCCAUGAUGAUGGAGGGUGGCGGCGGUGUGGGGAUACGCAAGACCAGCUUUGGGAAUUCCUUAUCGCCUGCUUUCAGUCUGGGCUCCCUCCCUGGCUCCUCCCCGGCUGCCAGCCCGAGGACCCAGAGGAAAAUGUCCCUAGGCAGACCCCACCCAGGCAUGCGGGAGAGGAAGAACAGCAUCACGGAGAUCAGCGACAACGAAGAUGAGCUGCUGGAGUAUCACCGGCGACAGAGAGAGGAGCGCCUCAGGGAGCAGGAGAUGGAGAGGCUGGAGAGGCAGCGGCUGGAGACCAUCCUGACCCUCUGUGCCGAGUACAACAAGGGCGAGGGCGCCGGGCCGGACACCCCAGACCCGGGAAGGAUGGCGUUCCCCGGCAGCCUGGAUUGCUCGCUGGGCAACGUUCUGGGAGGAACGCCGCUGUCUGCCCUCCGCCUGGCGCAGAGACAGAGGGAGAGCGACGAGGAGAACCUGAAGGAGGAGUGCAGCAGCACAGAGAGCACUCAUCAGGAGCACGAGGACCCCCCCAGCUCAGCCGGCGCCGCGCGGUCAGAGCUGACCUACCUUGAGGACGAGAGGGUCCGCGUUCUGGCCCGGAUCGACGAGCUGAAAGCCCGGCUCACCGAGCUGGAACAGCAGCUCCAGGAGUCUGAGCAGGAGGCGGAGAUGGAGCGCGCCCUGCUGCAGGGCGAGACGCGGGCCGAGCUGGACCAGAUAGAGGCCGAGACGGACGUGGUCAGUCAGCUGCAGCACAGGCUGGAGGAGCUGGAGAGCGCCAUCCGGAGGGAGAAGGAGCAGGAGAGGGCUAAUGUUGAGGCCGAGCGCCAGGCCCUGCAGAGGCUCCAGGAAGGCUAUGCGGAGCUGAAGAGCCAGCUUCAUAACUGCCCCGAGUCGCUGAGGGAACAGUUGCAGGAACAGCUGAAAAGGGACGGAGAGGCUCUGGAAGCAGGGACCAAAAAGUUUGAGGAUCUGGAGUUCCAGCAGCUGGAGAGAGAAAGCAGCCUGGAGGAGGAACGCGAGACCAUCAGCCAGCAGCUUCUGCAGGAGAAGGCGGAGUACCACCGCAGCGUGGCCAAGAGGAAGGAGAAGGUUUCCGCUCUGGAGAAGCAGGCCAACCAGCUCGGCCAGCAGGCUUCCCAGGAGUGUGAGCGGCUGGCCAAGGACCGGACGCUCAUGAUGCAGAUGCUCCAGAAGGAGAAGGAGCGGCUGUCGGCUCUGGAGAAGAGAUACCAAACCCUGACUGGAGGGAAGAGCUUCCCCAAGUCUUCAAACGCCAUGAGGGAGGAAGCGGCGGUGCACCCCUCCCACUCCCAGACCUCGUCCUCCCCCCUCUGUCAGCUGUUCCCCAGCAGCCCCACAGAGGAGUAUGUGACAGUGGGCCAGUUAAAUCACAUCUAUGGGAUGCCCAAGGUGGAGUCCUCCCCUACCUCCCCACUCCGCCAGCCCCUGCAGCCCGGAGCAGUAGACCCCGCCUUCUCUCGCCACGGCUCCUCCCUCUCUCUGUCUGUGGAGCUGCAGCCGGAGGCCGCUCGGCCUCGACUCGCCAAGCUAGAUUUAGAGCAGUGGUACCAGGAGCUGAUGGCCGGCUCCACGCAGCUCGGUGCCCCCCCUCUCUCGCUCAGAUCGCCGUCAGGCCGCAGACCUGUGCUGCAGGUGUUUCGCUCUAAGCUCGACAGCGAUCCCGGCGUUCCUCUUCGUCCGUCCAAGUCUGGCUCCUCGUCCCCCCUGCAGCACGGCGCAGCGACGCUGGGGCGCAACACGAGCUCCAAGCAGGGCCCCCUGCUGGCAGCCAGCAGCACCGGCAGCCUGCCCAGGAACCUGGCGGCGACUCUUCAGGACAUCGAGACCAAGAGGCAGCUGGCUCUGCAGCAGAAAGGUCAGCAGGUGAUCGAGGAGCAGCGCCGCCGCCUGGCUGAGCUCAAACAGAGAGCUGCCGCCGAGGCUCAGUGCCAGUGGGAGGCGCUCCACGGCUCCCAGCCGCACCUCCUGACCCCCUCCUCCACCUCUUACUCCCCCGUCAUGGCCGGCAGUCCCGCUCUGAGUCACAGCUCCUCCGGCCCCCCGACACUGGUGCACCACUCCAUCCUGCACCACCACCCGCAGUCAGGCGGCGAGCCGCCCUACGACACGCUGAGCCUGGAGAGCUCCGACAGCAUGGACACCAGCGUGUCCACCGGGAACAACUCGGCCUGCUCGCCUGACAACAUGUCCGGCAUCGGAGGAGCAGACGUGCUGAAGAUCGAGGAGAUGGAGAAAAUGCUGAAGGAGGCGCAGCUGGAGAAAGCUCGACUCAUCGAGUCGCGGGAACGCGAGAGCCUGGCCCGCCGUCAGAUGCUGGAGGAGGAGAGGAGGAGGAGGGAGGAGGCGGAGAAAAGGCUGCAGGAUGAAGCGUUUCACAGACAGCAGCUGGUGGAGAAGGAGGUCAAGAUGAGGUCCAAGAACUUUUCUCAGGCUCGUCCGAUGACCCGCUACCUGCCCAUCAGGAGGGAGGAGUUUGACCUGCGCUCGCAUGUGGAGUCAUCGGGCCACAGCGUGGAGACGUGCUACCACGUCAUCCUCACGGAGAAGAUGUGUAAGGGCUACCUGGUGAAGAUGGGAGGAAAGAUCAAAUCCUGGAAGAAACGCUGGUUCGUGUUCGACCGCCUCAAGAGGACCUUCUCCUACUACAUUGACAAACAUGAGACCAAGCUGAAGGGCGUGAUCUACUUCCAGGCCAUAGAAGAGGUCUACUAUGACCACCUCCGCAGCGCCGCCAAGAGCCCAAACCCGUCCCUGACCUUCUGCGUGAAGACCCACGACCGCCUCUACUACAUGGUGGCGCCGUCGGCCGAGGCCAUGAGGAUCUGGAUGGACGUCAUCGUCACGGGCGCCGAGGGAUACACGCAGUUCCUCAACUGAGAGCCGGAAGCUUCGGCAGGGACCGACCCGGUCCGGUUCUCAGGUCCGGGCCAACCUCCUCCUCACACCGCCUUGUUUGUUAUUUUUUCCCACUGCGGUUCUGAUCGGACUGGCGGAGUGAGCCGUGCCCCCCCACACCCCCCCAUCACAUCUCUGUAUAUUAACCAAAAUGUCCGCCCAGCCGGAUGACUCGAAGCCUUUCUAUGUUGCCAAAAGGAGAUCCAGUUACUGUUUAAUAUUUCUGUUGUUUUUAUUUUGUACUUGUA